GAUUAUGGGUAGUAAAGGAGGACCGUUGUUUACCAUGGCGACGGAGACGCUACUGCUAUUUAGCAGACACAGAUUUUUCGCUUAUUUAUUAUUUGUCUUAUACAGAAACCUAGCUGACUGCCAGCAGUUUAUUAUUCCCUUUAAAUCUCCUUCAGAUUGUGGCGCAGACGAAUUCUUUGACAUAUCAAGUUUGUCGUGCUCCAGAUGUGGUUCAAAUCAGCGCCAGAGCUCUACAGGAUUGAGCUGCAUUUGCCAGCCUGGCUACAAAACCACAAAUGUCAUCCCUGAUAAAGUGUCCAUUACCUGUGAGCAGUGCCCAACAGACAGGCCUGCAGUAACAAAAGAUGGGUUUGGGUGCGUUCGCUGUCCAGGCACCCUCAGUGAUGAGGGGAAAUGUCAGUGCCCUCCAGGCCAUAUCCUGGUGGAAAGGGAUAUCAACGGAAAUCCUUUGAAUGAGGCCAGAUGUGAAGCAUGUAACAGCAACAGUCCUGCUUUAUCUGUAGCAGACAUCAGAGGAGACAGGUGUGAGAGAUGUACCUCUACCUUCAUUAACUCCUCCUGUGUGUGUACUGCUCCUAAUGUCCCAGCGGGAGGAUUGUGUUUCCCCUCAGGAAUCCUUUCCACAAACGUAAAUCCCAGUGUCAACUAUGCUCAGUUGAAAUUCAGCGUCCAGUCUGCCUGGUUUGUGGAGAAUCUCUACUCCUCCUCAGCAGCAUGCCUCGUCUACUCGAACCUGACAGCGUGCCAGGCUCUCGGGAACAUGUGCGUGAUGAACAUGCAUUCCUUUGGUGGUCUCUCCGCUGAUGCUUGUGGUCUUUUUAACACCGUCUACAGAUCUAAAGCUGCUCUGAGCUCAGUUCAAGACAUUGCUUAUUGGAAAGUGGAUCUUCCUUGGCUUUUCUACGGGGACGAACCGGGGUUGGCUAGUCGCGUGCUUCAAACAGAUCCUGUUCCCACUGUCUUUAGCUUCAGAGGGAGAAAUAAGAACACAGACAUUGAACUACUUGCUGCCAUCUAUGAUGUCAGGGGAGAGUUCCUGAGAUGGGAGCAAGUAGGAGGAAGCAACCUGCAGCUUUGUCCAGAACCGGCCACCAAGCAAGCAGCAGCCUUCAGCUUUGGAACCGCUUACCAAGAAAGUUGUGAUCUUUUGGUGGCGAACUUGAUUGUUUCCCAUCCUGAACCGUUGUUCUACGAUGUUUAUAUGGACCUUGGAGGAGGAGAGAACAGAAAACUCCUCCCCCUGCCGACGCUAGUCCGAAACCAGCAAUACAAUGGACGUCUCAUCAAUCAGGAUAAUAUGAGAAACUGGUAUUUGUCUCGCCGAAUGUUUCUUGUGGACACACUGAGUGGAAGAGAGAAGAGCAUAACAGCAUCACCUAAAGUUAUUCGUGUCGCCACCAGUGUCAGAAUAAGGUUUCAGCUCGUUCCUCGAACUCAGGAGGGACAAAUAUUUCCCCCUCUGAUGACUGUGACUUACACAGAUGUUCCCAUCACGGACAUCAACACUCAAAUUGUGUCUGUAACCUUUGCUAUGGAUUAUGAGAUGGAUCAGAUAGAGGCUCGUACAAAGACAGAUACAGCUCUUGGCAUUUUGGGCGGGGUGGCCGUGCUCUACUCCCUCCUGAAGACGGUCAGCUGGAAGAGGAGGAUUUCUUCGCCCAUCAUUGAUCUGGAGACGAUGCUGAAGUUUCUGUUGUUUUAUUCCGGUGACUUAGCCAAUGUUUUCUUUGUUGUCACGGUGGGAACUGGCCUUUAUUGGCUCAUCUUUUAUAAGACACUAAAGGCCCAACAGUUUGUAUCUGUUCUGCUUCCGCUGCCUUCUCAAGAGGAGCAGUUUGCAACGUACAUUGGAUGCGCCUUUGCUCUCAAGGCUGUCCAGUUUCUGCACAAGCUUUACCUGCAGGUGACAGUGGAUAUAUUUCUUAUAGACUGGGAGAGACCACGCAGCAAAGGGAACAGGACAGUUCAAGCUCAUGGGGAGGCUAAACGCGACCCCUCCCCAGUCAGCAUCUGGAGAACCUACUUUGUGGCAAAUGAGUGGAACGAACUCCAGACCAUCCGCAAGAUCAGCCCAACGUUUCAGAUCAUGGCUGUGCUCUUCUUUCUCGAAGUGCUGAAUUUCUCCAACCUAGCUCUGAGAGACCCCUGGGCAACUUUACAGCGCCUCCCAGAGGCGUACACCCCUCCUUAUAGUCUGAUUUUGCGCUACGGCCUUGCAGCCACUCUUUGGCUCUGCAUUGGCCUUCUGCAGGUGAUAUUUUUCACUGUCUUUUAUGAGCACUUUGUGGAGGACAAAAUUCGUCAGUUUGUGGAUCUGUGUUCUGUCAGUAAUAUUUCGGUGCUGCUGUUCUUCAAUCGUUGUUUUGGUUACUACAUCCAUGGACGCUCAGUGCACGGACACGCAGACACAAACAUGGAGGAAAUGAGUAAUAAUCUAAAGAGAGAACGUGAGUCGCUGUGUGGUCAGCGUGGUUUGGUUCCCAACUCUGACAUUCAGACAUUUCAGGUGUCUAUUAACAACCGUCUGAGGUUGCAGUAUGACAGGAUACAAGACUCUCUUAGCAGGAGGAACAGGCCGUCACGGCUGAUGGAUGCAUCCACGGCCAACUUAUCAGAUCUACAGUUCAGAGCAUACAACACCAUGAACCACUUCCUGGGAUCCAUUAUAGACCAUGGCCAUCCUGAUAUGGACUACAUGGUGAAGGAAAAGCUGAUGUUGGAGCGGGUCAUAGGGAUGGAGUUCAUGGAACCCUCUGAUAAAAGCUACUUUUACACUGAUGAAGCCCACUCCUUCAGUAAUGUCCUCUUUUAUGGAAAUGAGGCCACGCUGCUGAUCUUUGACACUUUGUUCUUCUGCGUUGUUGACCUGGGAUCUCAGAACUUUAUUCUCGCGGCUGUGCUCACAUACAUAGAGCAAAUGUUAUUCCGCUUCAUCCGUAACACUCUUGGGAGGAGGAACCUUGCCAACAAAACGCUGGUUGACCAAAGGUUUCUGAUAUAAACUUCACUGUCUGUUUUUGAUGGAAAACGUGUUUAUUGUUCGCUUGUGCUUUUUUGUUAUAAGAAACUAUUUACUGCUGACUUAGAUGCAGAUUUUCUCUUUUCGGAAAUAUUUGUAUGCUUUUAUAUUGAUUAAAUUGUUCUUAUAUAAAAUCA